AUGUCACGGCCACGUUCGGUGAUGGACUCGGCAGCACAGACACGGCCAGCAAGUCAACGUCGUUGGACGGCAAAGGCAACACACACGUCCGCCCGCUCCGAGAGGAGCAAGGGAGCUUUCUUCGAGGGGCCUUUCAAGGUCAGGGUCCAUGGAACGGACCCCACCUUGGAGGCCGCUCGUUUCAGGCAGGUCACGACCGUCGUCAAUCUGGUGACAAUGGGUACGUAAGAGCCUCAAAAGGCACCAUGACGACCACCUUUUUCAUGUUCAUCCAUAUCAUUGUGUUGCUGGUCCAUAUCAUAGUGUUCAUGCUGCUGCUUAUUGGGAUUGGCUUGCUGAAUGCUGGAGCAGAGCGGCUUGAAAAGAUUCCGCCAAGUGAAAGAAAGAGAGAGGGAAGAUUCUCCAACGAGCGCAUGCAUGAUUCUCUGUGUGCCCUUUUUCGAUUAGUCUUCUACGAUGGCGAGUGCCUUCCUCGCUUCUUGUCGAUAUCUAAGUUCGUCGAGGCCGAUUUGCAGACAACCCAUAUCCGUAUUGUCCACGACAACACACCGUCGUGGAUCUACACGGCUUUUUUGGCUGUCGUACGCCGUUGUCGCGAUCUGGAUCUUCCUCAACCACACCAUUUGGUGGCGAUCGACGGUAUCAGCGUGGAAGCAGAAGCGAUGGCGGCGAUAUUUGAAGUCAUUCGAGUGCGAUGACAAACUGAGUCACACGUCGGUGGCGCUGAGUCUCAAGAACAGCAAGAUCGUCACUCAACGCUGGUCUGAGGAGGAUGGAGAUUCGUCGACCACCGAGGAGUCCGUCACCUUCACCAAGGCGUUCCGCGUGUGGCUCAGCCACACACAAAUGCGAAUUUUCCUGAUUUGGUGAGAGCACAUUCAAGACUCGUCUUGUUCUUCUCUAUCUUGCGCUUUCCAGGUUCCGCUACUCCGGCAUCAAUGGGUAGAGGUUACAACUUCUUCAUGUCUCAAUGCAACUAUUACCUUUGUGUCCCCUUCACAUACAGGAAGCUGUACUGGAUUCUGAUGUGUGGCGAGGAGACUCUCGAGAUGCUCCUCCAGACCUACCGCUCUCUCCUUAUGGACGGCAUCCACCCCACAACCGGGAAGGAGAUCCCCGCAGGCCUCGCAUACAUCCGCAUCUCCCUCACCUUCAUCAUCCUAAUGCACGCCCUCAUGUGCGUGGUCAUGCUCCUCCGGCGAAAGCGGGGCUACGCGACGAUCGGCAGCUUCUCUUUCGGCUUCAUGUACUCGUUCCACGCCGCAGUCCACAUCGGGGCGCUCGCCAACCUGCACUCUCGUGGCCCGAUCCACUUCGUGGCGACCUUCGUACCAGUGUGCCUUGCCCUGCAUGAGCUGAGGACACUGAACGGGUUGCUGCUAUGCAAGGUGAUGAGGCGAAGAGACCGACAGAGACGCAACAGAUGGCUUGCUGCAACUUGUAUCUCUAUUGUAUUGGCAGGGUUUUCUUCUGUGGAAGAAGGUCCUGGACGACGUCGACGAGGCCAUCACGAGUUGCCGCGUGUACUCCAGACGGCCUACAAGUGGCUUUGGCACACGAUCCAGGUCCUGGACUCCUGGCAGAAGCCCCAUCGCUAGUCUACCAGCCGAGAGGUCACCGGUCAGCCCGCUGUCGACAGUCGAUGGAACCCCCGCCAAUAAAGGCAUCCCACGUGAAGGCAUCCCCCAAUCCACGAGGGGACUGCGGCGAAGACAGUCGGUCAAGGCAUCCGGUGCCGGCAGGAAUCCCUCAGACGCGCUCCCUCAAAUCAGUCUUACGACACCAGGGGAUACCCCUUCGUCGGUUUGGUCGCCGACCGGCGCGGAUAUUGAUGCAAGCGAUGCCGCGUCCAUGGGCCGGAUGUGCCGAAGCGGUGGUCCGUUGGGGGCAUCAUAUCCCCCAUCCAUCAUCACUCCCAAACCCUGCCAGCUUCCACACCUGCGCCACCACACCCAGGAGACAAGCCUCCGAGACUCUUGA